AUGGCUUCACCGAGAGUGGUUGACAUGGCCGUCGACGCCGCCUCGUAUAUCCGGUCGCACCUGGGGUUGACCGUGACGGUGUGUGUCGUGCUGUACUUCGUCUCCCAGCGGUACAAGACCGGCCUUCGACACAUCCCGGGACCCUUUGUGGCCAGUUUUUCGGGCUUCUGGAGGGCGUGGGAGGUGGCCAAGGGAGACUGGCACGUCAAGAAUCUCGAAUUGCAUCGACAGUAUGGUCCGCUUGUCCGCAUCGCCCCGAAUGUCGUCAGUGUCUCUGAUCCGGAUGCACUUCGUGUCAUUUACGGGCUGAACAGUGGCUUCACAAAGACGGACUUUUAUCCCAUCCAGGAAAUGAAAUACGGUAAAAUCUAUCUGGCGAAUCUCUUCUCCACCAAGAGCGACGAGUUCCACGCCAAACAGAAGAGGUCGGUCGCCACGGCCUACUCCAUGACCUCGAUGCUGGCCUUUGAGCCGUACGUCGACAACUGCUCCGAGCUCUUCUUCAAGAGGCUCGACGAGCUGUACGUGAACCCGCACCGGCCCUGCGACCUGGGCAAAUGGCUGCAGCUCUACGCCAUGGACGUGAUCGCCGAGGUGACGUUUGGCAAACGAUUCGGGUGUAUGCAAGAGGGCGGCGACGUGGGGGGCUUGAUCGACACCAUCGACAAGUUCCUGGUCUACGCGUCGGUGGUGGGCCAGGUCCCCUACCUGCACAAGUUCCUCUUUGGCAAUCCCCUACUGCCCUACAUCCUGCCCAAGCUGGACAGCAUCAACCACGUGGUCAAGUUCACGCUCGAGCGCAUCUCGGAGCGCGAGAAGGACUCGGAGCGCCACAAGGACUUUUUGGGGAGACUGUACGACGCCAAAGCCGAGGGCAAGAUGGAGGCCGUCGACAUUGUCCGACACAGCAGCGCCAACGUCUUUGCCGGCAGCGACACGACGGCGAUAGCCCUCCGCGCCGCCAUCGACGGACUGCUCGCGAACCCGAACUGCUACCGCAAGCUCCAGGCGGAGAUCGACCAGAAGCGGGCCGAAGGCAAGCUCUCGCUGCCCGUCAAGUACGCCGAGGCGCAGCAGAUGCCGUACCUCCAGGCCGUGCUCAAGGAAGGCAUGCGGUACCACCCGUCCGUGUCGUUUUUGCUCGAGAGGCACGUCCCCAAGGGCGGCACCGUCGUCUGCGGCACCCGCAUCCCCGAGGACACCAUCGUCGGCGUCAACGCGUGGGUCGUCCACCGCGACCGCAAGGUGUUUGGGGACGACGCCGACGUCUUUCGACCGGAACGGUGGCUGGAGGCUGACGAGGCGCAGCUCAAGGCCAUGGAGAGGGCUUUUUUUGUGUUCGGCGGCGGCUCCCGGACCUGCACCGGCCGCAACAUCAGCCUGAUGGAAAUGUCCAAGGUGAUCCCCUCCCUGCUGAUGGUGUACGACAUUGAGCGCGCCGACCCCAAGGCCCGCACGCACACCAAGACGUACUGGUUCGCCGUGCAGAGGGGUUUGGUGUGUAAAAUCCGGAGGCGGCGGGAGAGGGAGGAUUCGAAAGUCUGA